UCUGGCUCUCUAUUGUGCCUGACACUAACAACUCCAGCUCUUUGUCUGUUAAGAGUAGCACAGAUUUCUGCCUAUAAAAUUCAAGAAUCUUCAUCUAUACCACAUUGCCAAGAGUUUGGAGCUUCAAUUUCCAAGGCUUUACCUUGAUAGUUAUCAAGAUUUAAGCUUUUAGGGGCUGAGUUUCAUUUGCAGAGAUUGAUCUUUACACUGCAAAAACACAGUUUACUUGGUGAAUUGCUUGGUUUCAGUAGGGGUGUUUGAUAAAAUCAUUUGAGGGUGGUUGGUGAAUGGAUUCAUCUUGUUUUUUCAUAAUCUGCAUUCUGCAUUCAUUGGUAGCUACGACUUCUGGUGGUCUCAUAAUGUUUUACCUCAAUGAAAUCUCGGUUUUGGGACAUGGUGCUGAGACAGCAAGGAAGCUGUUGGGAUCAACCCCUCAUGAUCAGUUGUUGAUAAAGACAUCUGAUUCCUUUGUGGGGUUGCUGUUGUGUGUGAUUGGGUUCUUGUUGUUCAUGGUGUCUUUUAUGAAGGAUAGAGAUUUCCAGAGCUUUUUUGCCAAGGGUUGUAUUCUUCUUCACAUACUAAUGGCAGUAUGGAGGUUGUAUUUUGAGAGGAAGCUUGAAGCUUUGGCUCAUGAUUGGCCUAGACAACUUAUUGGGGACUUUGUGCUGGCACUUUCUUGGGUACUUUUUCUGGUUUGCACAUGGACAGAAAAGUAUGAUUGAAGGCAGACUAAUACUUGAUUCUCAUUGGAAGAGCUUGUAGUUGCAGGGUCUUUUAUUCUUUAUUAAAAAAAAAUUGGGGUGAAAAUUUUCUCAUAUGCUCUACUGAUUCUGUAACAACAUUGGUAUCAAUUGAUCAUUUCCUGUAACUGUUUCCUUGGU